AUGGACUCAGAUUCAAGCGGCAAACCUGACUCUCCCAUAAACCGUCCUGGCUCGGUCGAAAUUCAACUUCAAUUCGGUACUCCACCAAAUGUGGAGACAGAGCUUAUAAGCAACGUUACAGAUCCUCAUCUUGUCUGUAAUUGUGUUUCUGAAGUUCUUUUAAUUCUCCCAUCCUUAAUUGAAUUGAUCGUUAUCGGUCGAUCAAUUUGGGGUUUUAAGAAAAUAUAUAUAUCUAAUUAUUAUAAAAAAAAAAUUUUCUUACUCGCCCCCCUCUCCGUGAAUGAACAAAAAAAAUUUUUGUUCAUUCACGGAGGGGGGUUAUUUUUUUUUGUAAAAAAAUUUAUAUAUAAAUUUUAUAAAAUUUUUUUUUUUCUCUCGAAAUUUAAAAAUUCCUAAUUCGCAAAAACUUGAAAGCAGCAAAUAUUAAUUCAAUUUGCAAAAUUUAUGUUUUAAAAAGCAAUUUGUUUAAAAUUAAAACAGAAUUAGCUCUAGAUUUCAUUAUACUAAUUAUCAUUUAUAACCAAUUUUUUUUCCAUAAAAAAUUUUUUCUAUUAAAGAAAUUUUUGUUCACUCAUGGAGGGUGGGUUUUUGGGCAAAAAAUAGGGAUUUUUUCUAAUGGUUUGUUUCACUCACGGAGGGGGGGAGUUAAAAUAUUUUUUUGUAUGGUCACUAGAUAUAUACUAGAAAUCGCAUUAGAAUGCAUGGGUACAGCAGUUAUCUAUGAUUUAUUACUAUCUAAUAUAGUAAUUUGAUUUGAGGCAAGUCGGAUAGCAGUCUCAUGUUUGGCCAAAAUCUUUUAUUCAAGGAGUACUUAAUUUCCCCCAAUUUUUGGAAAUUUUCAAUGGAAUCACUCGAUCAAGGACGAGAGGGAGCUAGCGCCUUUGGUUAACUAUUUAAAAACGCUUGGCUACCCUUUAGACAACGCAAUGAUAUGAUAUUAUUCCCCUACAGCCCGCUUAAACGUGUACUGUGGGAAUGAUCCUUUACCAUUUUCUAUAUCAAUCCCUAUGUUUGAGCUUAAAGAUAACAAACUUUCUUUAACUUGCCGAGGAGCAAUCCGAAACAAAUUCGGGACUGUCGUCACCUUAGGCUCCACUCCUAGCACCAAAUCUAAGCCCGAAGAAGAAGGAUCAGCCGAUCACAAGUCCUCAAGACGCACCAAAGAACGAAAAAUCGGCUAUAUCAUUGAAAAGGUCAGCAAGUGGCGAAAACUUUAUAAUGGGACACCUAAUAGCAAAGGAGAAUUACAAAAAAUGACCCUUGAAGAAGCAGCUGCCAAGGUAGGGAUUUCAAAGAAAUCACUUGACGAUUAUUUGCUUCAAUUAAGGUUCGGAAGAAAAUUUGGAUUUAAUUUUCAGGAGCAUAAAGAUGAUAAAGUUGGGAUUUUGAGGGCAUAUGUUAAAAAAUGCAAGUCACUGCAUAGCUAUGCGAAGAAAAUUGAGGAUGGGGAGCCGAUUCCUGCAGAUGUCAUUCAAAAACUGCAGGAGGCUGGGACGCCAGCUUGCAAGCAUAAUAGAUGCUGCGCACCUAACUAUUCGUUGCCAUAUAAGCAUUCAAUUAGAAUUAAAUUAAGUCUUUAGGGUGUCAAGUGCCACUUACAGUAAAGAGAAUUGGUCUGUCAACGAGUAUUGUCACAAAUCAUCCUAGCACUUAAAUGGCGCAUCACAUGGAUAGGAAUUCUAAAGCAAUAGCCCUACCAACCUGGUUGCACAUCUCACCCAGUGGAUAUGACGUCACACUGUCUAGCUCAGCUUCUGUGCUUGUUCCUCCUUUGGUCACCUUCCUCAGGUGUUCUGAGGGGAAAAUCCCGAACCUUUUCAUUGUUUUUGGAGCAUUUCCUCUAGCCUUAUGCAACUAAGGUUAAACCAUUGCUGUUGUGCAAAAGUGAGAAAAAUAUUGCUUACAGAAAUAUUAGUUUGACCGACCUUUAUUAAGUUAAUAUUGUUGCCUAACUUAGCCAGGAGCGUUUCUUCAGCCAAGCUCUACGAUCGGGUCAACUUGCCUUAGGAUCCUGGGAUAACAUUGCUGGCAAGAUGGACCAUCAUUAAGGCGUGUAAGACGAAGACUGGGCAGUCUAGACCUCACAAGUUCCUGCAUGAUUCGAAGUCGGCAGAGAGGUCGAUCAUCUCAGGCAAGAUGGAAGUAAACCUGCUCAUCGGACUCAAAAGGAGGAGAGAUGCAAGUUAAAUGGGCGUAAUCGCAUUGAAGAAGGUGCUCUUACGAAGACAUAUGGGCAAGAAAUGCUAAUAUAUAUAGAGGUUGCUCGAUGAGGGCGCUCAAUGCGCCAUCAUCGGGCAACUUCUAUAUAUAAAAUUUCAUAAGUGAGAAAAAAUUAUCAUAACUAAUUUCUCUCAAGCCGAGUCACUUUAUUAUGCCGUAUAAGCAUUCAGAACAGCAGCCAUCAUUACCGCUAGUCUACCCAAAUUAUCCUAGUUUUUAG